AUGGCUCUGACAAUGCAAGGCAGCAAUCCGCUUACCUAUCGCCACAAGAAGUUCGAUCUGCGGCGUCCACGCAACGAAGAACUAGAGCUGCAGAUCAAGGAGGAGCUGCUGGCACGCCUCGAUACGCCGGACUGCAACAACAGCACGGAUGAGGAGGACACAAGCAGCCAGUGCUCCAGCAUACUGUCGCUGCCCAAACGUCGACGUCUCAACAGCUCCGUAUGCGACGGCUCUAACGGUUCGGAAUCUGCUUCAUCUUCGCACUCGCUGCCGCCCUCCAUCAGUCCGGAGGCGCUCCGCGAUAUUUGUAAAUACCAUGGCAAUAUGGUGCGAAAGUUUCCCAAGAAGGAACGAUCACCCAAGGAUCAGGAUCGACGCAAUAAGAACACAAUCGCUUGUCGCAUGAGUCGCCGCGUUAAGAAGCUCGAACAUCUGGCCAUCGAGGAGCAGUACAAAGAAUUCACGACGCAGCAUCUCAAGAUUGUCGAGCAAAGUAUGCGUGCCACGGCCUAUUUCAAUCAUCUCAAUCACCUGGUCAAGCACGAGCAAUCCACAAAGACUUCAGCCCCAGCGCCACUUCCAGUGCAAGGCAAAAACUUUAGCAUAGACUAUUUGAUCAACGGCAUUAAAGGCGAACAGUGCUAG